CUUUGACACAUUUGUUUCUUUGCUGCUCCAGCAAUUGCCGGUUGCCGCCUAAACUAAGUAAUCCUGUUAUAUUUUAGGGUUUUAGCGUUCAGUUCCCACAACCCUAGAAACAGAAUUGGGAAAAUCAACUUCAAUCAAUGGUUUCAAUGGUCAGUGGCUCAGCGGAGCCUCUCUCUGCAUCGGGUCGGAGCUCAGAGAAGCUGAGCCUCCCAUCCCUCCAAUCCAAAAUGAAAACUGACCCGGAAGGCUAUGAAACGGAGCUCCAUCUCAUCCGCAACCAAUUCUAUUCCGCUCUUGAGCUCUUUCAACAGCAAGCGGCUCUGAAUUUCUCCUCCAUCAGUGGCGUCGGUGCUGACCCAAGUGUGGCUAAGGACCUCAGUGACCGUGCCAUGUUCUUGGCCCAUGUCACGCCGUUCUAUCCCAAGCAGCUCGCUGAGUUCCCUUCCGAUCUCGCCGCGUUUCUGAAAUCAUCUGCAAGGACUCUUCCGUCAGGGCUUAGAUUCCAUGCCACUCAAGCCGUUAUUCUCCUCGUUAACCGGAAGAUUAUUGACAUAAAGGACACUCUAUCGUUGUUCAUGGAAUUGCAGACACUAGAUGAUAGGAAUUUGAGGAAAUUAGCAUUUUCUCAUGUUGUUCAUAGCAUUAGAAGAAUGAACAAGAAUCAUAAGAAUGAGGCCAAGAAUCGCUCCCUUCAGAAUAUCUUGUUUGGCUUAUUGCAGCAAGAUGAUGAAGCAAAAGCGAAAAGGUCUCUAAUUACUUUAUGUGAACUUCAUCGAAGAAAGGUUUGGUUUGAUGAAAGGACAGCAAAUGCAAUUUGUAUGGCAUGUUUUCAUUCAUCUUCUAGAAUAAUGAUUGCUGUGCUCUCUUUUCUCCUUGAUUAUGAGAAGAUUGAAAAUGAUGAUGAGGAUUCAGAUGAUUUAAGUAGUGAAGAUGAAAUGACACAAAAUCCCCACGUUGUUAUCAGCAAAGAGACAGUUUACAAGGCACACCAUAAGGGUACAGCUGCUAGCAAGAAGAAAAAGAAAGCGAAACUACAGCGUGCUAUUCGUAGCAUGAAAAGGCAGCAACGCCUGUCAUCAGAAAGUAGCAAUUGUAGUUAUUAUUCACCCCUUUAUCAUCUGAAAGAUGCACAGGGAUUUGUAGAAAAGCUUUUUUCUCGCCUUCAAACCUGCAAUGAACGAUUUGAGGUUAAAAUGAUGAUGUUGAAAGUAAUUGCUAGAACAGUUGGCCUUCACCGUCUGAUAUUAUUAAAUUUCUACCCUUUUCUUCAAAGAUAUGUUCAGCCUCAUCAGAAAGAUAUCACUAAUUUACUGGCAGCAGCAGUUCAGGCCUGCCAUGAUAUGGUUCCUCCUGAUGCAGUUGAGCCAUUGUUCAAACAAAUAGUAAACCAAUUUGUACAUGAUCGUUCACGCCCAGAGGCCAUUGCUGUUGGACUGAAUGUGAUAAGGGAAAUAUGCCUGCGCAUGCCUUUGUUGAUGACUGAAGAUUUGCUACAAGAUCUUGUAUUGUAUAAAAAGUCACAUGAGAAGGCAGUGUCAGCUGCAGCUCGCUCACUCAUUACUUUGUUUAGAGAGGUUUGCCCAUCACUGCUGGUUAAGAAGGACCGAGGCCGUCCAAUGGACCCUAAGGCAAAACCAAAGGCAUAUGGAGAAGUCAAUGUCCUUAGCAAUGUCCCUGACAUUGAAUUAUUGGAACAAGACGAUGACAUUGGUGGCAGUGAGGAUGAUGAAAGUGGAGAUGAGGCUGUAUAUAUUAGUUCUGAUGAUGGCAAUGAAGACAAUGAUGAUGAAGAAAGCCAGUAUACUGCAAAUGAUGGGAGUGAGGAUGAAGAUGUAUUGGAUGAAGAAGGUGAUGAGAAUGACAGUGUUGAUGAAUACGAGAGUGACAUUGAUGAUGCCAAUGAGGAUGACAGUGAUGAUGAGGAUAAGGGCGAUACAGAGGAGUUGGAAACUGAAGAGGAUGAUUAUAAUGAAGAAGUUAGUGGUUCUUCUAAAGCAGGUGACAGUGCUGGAGAUGGUGGAAAUGAAGAUCAAAAGGCCAAGGCAAGUAAGAGAAAAUUGUCUGAUUUCGAGGGUCAACUUAUUGCUGCUGAUACAAGUCUUCGAGCUUUAAAAAGGUUGGCAGAGGCAAAGACGAGCCAUGCUUCGUCAGACUCAGUGGAUGGUAUUCUCUCUGAUGAGCAUUUCCAAAGGAUCAAGAAACUAAAGGUUAAGAAGGAAGCAAAAACUGCUUUGGCUCAACAAGGGUUUAAGAUUCCAAGUUCUGAUCAACUAAGUUUCAAACGAGUAGAUCCCUCAAAGCUUGAAGCCCAUGUCCGACUCAGGCUUAGCAAGGAGGAAAGGCUAGCAUUGGUAAAAGCAGGAAGGGAAGACAGAGGGCAGUACCAGGCUCGAACUGCCAUCAAACAGAAAAAGACUGGUGGUUUAAGCAACCGUCAGAAAGAGCACAAGAAGUAUAUGCCGCUUGCUGCGAAGAAAGCCAAAGCUCAAAGAUCUCGACAAGAGAAAAAUAAGAAGAAGUCACGUUCUGGCAAACAGUUCCGUGGGAAGAAAGCUUGGAAGCAAUGACAACAUUAAUUUUAACAUUCAUACUAUUUCCAUCCAACACAGGAAUGCAAUGAUGUUUGAGCUGGAUUGGUUGGUCAGAUUAGGAAUCGGCUGGGGUAUCGGUUUGGAGAAUGGUACUGAAUUGGUUGAACCGUGAAUCGAUACAAACCGGUUGAAUUGGUGAAAAAAUAAAUUGAAUUGGCAGUUGAGUUGGUUUUUUUUAAAGAUUUUUAAGUAGCUUGACCAGUUCGAUCAUUGAUCCGGUUUUAAAACUACAAAUGUUAGAAAAGUUUUAUUUAUAUCUUUCCUUUUUGAUAACAAGUUGCGGUAGAGUUUUUUUCUUGUAACAUAUAACUUGACAAAUGGAUAUUAAAACACAAAUUUUGCUCUGUUA